ACUGGAGCUCAGUUCAGAUUCUGACACAGACUGUGUUCACAACAUGAGCUGCACCUUCACACUGGCUUUACUCUCCUCAUUCAGUUGGUUCUCUGUAUCAGGUUUUCAGUUUCAUGUAUCGGUGGCACAGCCUGGUGCAGAAGUCACACUGCGGUGCUCCAACAUGAGCACGUAUCGCUCUCAGGUGUUCUGGUACAAGCUGAACGACGGACCCCUCGGCUGCAUCUCUUCCAUGCUGAACGCCGAAUCCGCCCCGUCGUGGUACGAUCCGUUUCAGCCGGAUAAAUUCACCAUGAGAUCCGACUCCACAAACGUCUCACUGAGCAUCAAAACGCUGGACGACAACGACUCUGGGUUGUAUUUCUGCGGACAUUACUUUGAUGCGUUUCCCGCUGUUUUCACUGCAACAUAUUUAAAGGUUGAAGGAAUAUCAGUCAAUUCUUCUGAGGAACCUGAUGGGCCAGACAUUCUGCUGAACUGGAUCCUGGGUGGCAUCAUCAUAUUUCUUGUACUUGUCAUCUUUGGUUUUAUUGUGAAAAUCAGGAUCUUGUACACAGACAGAAAGUCUUUACAACAUCAUGAGAAUUUGAACUCUCACACCAUGAACUACGCAGCGCUGAGCUUCCCUCCAAAACCAAAGAGCAACAGGAGACCUGAAGCAGAAAGAGAUUCUGAGACAAAUGUUCUGUAUGCUGCUACAAGACAGACUUUCUAGUGAUGAGAAGUUCAACAUUUCUAAGU